CAUCAUCUCGACUCAAAACUGCUUUCCGAGUGCGCCAGACGUCUUAUGCGACGUGAACAUGCAUUGAUAUAUCUCGAGCGCGGUUGGAAGCCAAGCUGCAGAUAAUGCCUUCAAUGCCUUCGCACGAUUUGAGGCGAGUAGCUUUGUGCCUGCUGCCAAUCUUGGCCUCCUGCUGGCUGCACGGCGGCAGCCGGAGACGGCUGACGCCGCGGUACGGCGGUAGCCGGAGACGGCUGACGCCGCGGUACGGCCUCAGGGACAAAAUCAGCGACAGCUGGCGCAGCGGCUGGGGCUCCGACGGCGACACCGACGACGCGGGCGUCGAGACGUUCGAGGGGGCCUACGACGCCGACGCCGACGCCGACGCAAAUACCGACGAGGCCGUGCCCAUUUAUGAUGACGAGGCCGCGGACCGCGCCGUCGCGCUCUUCGCCAGCGCGCUCGACGACGACGAGCUCGACCGGCUGCAGGUGCGCGACGUCGACGACGAACCCGAGAGGAUAAUAGGCCUCGACGGCAAGCCGCUCGACGACGCGCUCGAGGCGCUGAACGCCGGGCCCGCCGACGACCAGGAGCCCGAGGACGCGCGGUCCGCCGACGCCGAGGCCGCGCUCGACCUCCUGACGUACGACGAGAUGGACCGCCAGGAGGAGGCCGACGUGGAUGAGCGCUUAGGUGUCGUCAUGAGCCACGAGCUCAUCGAGGUGGACGACGACGGCGACCCCGUGACGACGGCGACGCGGCACGUCUUUGUGGACGAGGUCACGUGCAUCGGGUGCACGUCGUGCGCGACGAUCGCGCCGCUGACGUUCCUCAUGGAGGACGCCCACGGGCGGGCGCGGAGCUUCAACCAGGAGGGCGACGACGACGACACGGUCGCCGAGGCCAUCGCGACGUGCCCCGUCGACUGCAUCCACUACGUGCCGUGGGACGAGCUCGUGAAGCUCGAGCGCGAGCGCGAGGGCGUCAUGACGACCUACAACUUCAAGGGCCGCCUCGUGGGCAACGAGGGCCUCACGUCGACGCAGGGCGCGGGCCGGGCGCUGCUCGACAUCUCGACGAACCACGCGAUGCGCUGCCAGAACUGCCCGACGAACCAGUGCCCCGACUGCCCCAUGUUCGCUGUGUCGACGGAGCGGCGGAAGACGCGCUGCGGCAACUGCCCCUCGAACGGCUGCGCGAACUGCCCCAUCGCCAGCAAGUACCCCGAGUUCCAGAAGAAGCGCGCGCGGCGCGAGCGCAAGCGCCGGGAAUUGAUCAAGGCCCAGAAGGCCGAGGCGGCCGAGAACCUCGGCAUCCUGCGCGACGGCGGAUCGCGCGAAUUGUAGUAGUUAUAAAGUAUUAGGAUAGACG